AUGUCCGCGAAAUACUUUGAACGUGCUUGGACGGUUCAAGAAGCAGUGCUGGCCCGGGACAAACGACUUCUCUCAGGAUCCCACGACAUGUCUUGGAAGGUGCUGGAGGAUCUCGUAACUGCUCAAGGAUCGGCUUCUUGCAAUGAACUCUCUGACUGCGAGUUCUUCAAUCGUCGGAACCCAAAUCCAAACCUCCCUGGCUACGCGUUCUUAAACCUUUCGAAAUUUCUGCCGCGCCAAAGUCUGACCUUUGCACUGACCUUCUUUCGUCGACGAGAAUGUGAACUCUUACAUGACCGGGUUUUUGCCUUGGUCGGACUCUCUCAGAUUGCAUCCGAGUUCCCGGUGGACUAUGGGAGCACCGCAUUAGAACUGAUGCUUAACACACUCAGCUUCAGUAUCCUCGAAAUGUUGGAAGAGAAUCUCGUCGCUGGAAACACAAAAGAGCGGCUCCGUCAGUUUGGACUCGUCAGCCGGAUCCUGGUUGAGUUGCUAGACUUGGAAGAUGGCACUUCCAACAAAGAGCUACGACAGACUGAAAACGAACGACCGCGAAGGAGGCUUUUCCUACCACAGAUAGUUUUCCGAGGAAAGUUAAAUGUUCCGGAGCCUAGAGAGGAUCCCCUAUCCCACCAAAGUCACCCGCUUGUCGAUGCAGUAAACGAUCUGGCGGCGUGGAACAGAUCUCACUCUUUGUUGAAACUGGACGCUAACAUCGACGUUCUUCUCAGAAUCAUUGGAAAUUCUUGGCUUGUUGUCAGAAAGUCCCUCGGACACUACAGGGUUAUUGGGCGUAUUUGUAUUCAGGACAGACGAUUUGGUGGUUACACAGAAAUACCACGGGCAAUGUUCUACGACAAAUAUCCGGAAGACGGUUUACCCUGCGUUAAGGUGCGGCCACGGGGUGACAUCCCCGCUUUACAUGACCUUGCCUCUCUUGGUGAGUUGGGGGAAGUUGAGAUAACAGACGCUCGAGCGUUUGUGCUAUUAUUUGGACUUCCCGAAAACCUAGAGCUUCGGCUACAGAUUUUGCACAUGUUUGCUGAGCACGACAAUACCUACAACGCCAACAAUAUCGUGAUGUCUAGUUGCCCUUGGUAG